CAUGCGCUGUGGAAUGGAGAGCCAGGAAAGGAGAUUUUUGGAGAAAAAAAAAAUCACUGAAGUCGGGAGGAAGUCACCAUGCAGGAUUUCACUUGUGUGUGUUUAAUUUGACCCAGCAGGAGAAUUUAGCGUGCUUGGCUGAGUCAGACCCUGGUGUCGAUUCGCGGUUACGGCUGAUCUGCAUUUUGCCCUCAAUUCAGGUUUGGUAGAGUUAAAGAGGCUAGCGGCACCGCCAGCAACAGCAGCUGUUACAGACUCGCAUCACAGCCAGAAACCGAAGAGGGGACACUCGGGAUGGGGGGCGGUGAGUGUCCUCAACGUUGUUAGCAAGCACCACAGCUAGCUAAAUGCAGCUUGGACCAACUGAAGCCUUUUGCUGGUAAAGCUGCUGCGAGGCCUGGCUAAACCUCAGACCAGGUAGUGUACAGAAGUUAAAGCCAAGUUAGCCUUCACAGAAAUGAGACACUGAAACACAUACCCGACACCUAAAACCAUUACCUGACCCGUGCGACCGCACUUGAUUAUACGGGCUCAGAUGGAGGAAAUCAGCUGAUGUUUAACCUGUUAUGACUUCUGUCAAACACUCCUCUUUCUGAAGGACGCAACCAUGAGUUCUCGCAAGGUGGAGGACCUACCAAGUGACAGCAAGGAUUCACCUCCUGCUGCCAGUCAGCCUUUGCCAACUGAGCCUGAUGGUAUCACGGAAGAGCUCCCGUCAGAUCCAGUCCACGAAACUGCAAAGUCUCAAAAAGCGGGAAAAUUCAAGAGGACUGCCUUGACAUUUUUCGGUGUUCGUAAAAGUAUCUGUAUUCUACCGAGUUUCUUUGGAGGGAGGAACAAAAAUCAGAACAAGUGGCCCUCUAAGAAAGGAAUUGGCAAAAGCAGGACACACGAUGGGCUUUGUAAGGUCAGCGAUGACAACGCUCUCAGGAGUGGUUAUGUCUCUUCUGGAGACUUUGAGUACCACAGCCACAGGGAUGCAGCUGGAGAUCUCCACAGUGGCUGUCAAGGGGAAUGUAAUCACCCAACCCCUGACCAGAAGUCACUGACCCUUGGUCGACAGAGAAAAGGCUUAAGGAGUCUUUUUCAGAGUUUUAGGCAUCACAGAAGCCAGAGAAAUAAUGAUACAAGUGAAGCUAAUACUGUGUCUUCUCCUCAAUGCAAGAAAGAGGUGCCUGUUGUCCAACGCAACACAAACCGCAGUGCCACAGAGUUCCUAGAAUGUGAUCACGACGUGCCUGAGUUUGUAGAGGAUCUGUGUGACAUUUCCAUUGGUCUUGAAUGUAGUCGUGCAGAUGCAAAAGCAAAGGAGAGCAGCAUGGAGAAAGAAUGCCCAAAGUCUGAGCCUCAGCUGUCUGAUGACAAACACAAGGACUCUAAUUUAAAGGCAGUACCUUCUGGUGGUUACGACAACAGUUCCAGACGUUCCAGCGAACCUUGUCUGAAACUUCAGACGGCGUCCGAAACACCUGCCGGUUCGUCGGAUCAGCUGAACCUAAUUUUUGGAGAAGUUUCAUCAUUGAAGAGCUUUGAUUCCCUCACAGGUUGUGGGGACAUCAUCGCAGAUCAAGAGGAUGACAGCAUCACGGAGAGCACGGUGUCUGGAGAGAGGAGCAGAAAUGGAGGGAAGAGGGCCUCUUGUUAUCUCACCUACCAGGGUGGCGGCGAAGAGAUGGCCUCUCCAGAAGAUCUGGAUGGAACAUGUCUUCAGGAUUUCUGGGGAAGCAACACAUCAGAGGUUGUCUGCUACAGCUGUGAUCCGGACCAGACAGAGAUGACCGCUGAGUUGACAAGUUUGCACAAUGCAGAUGCACUGAACAACAGCAGCAGCACGCAGCAGGCUGGAUCGAUGGACACGUCAUCCAUAGCUGAUGUUCUAACCCCUGAAAGCGAGCAUCAGGAGUCAGGCCCUAAUAGCGAUGAGGGAUAUUAUGAUUCCACCACGCCAGGGCCGGACGAAGGGCAAGAAAAAAGGUCUGGCAGAUUACCCAGGGAUAGUUACAGUGGGGAUGCCCUCUAUGAACUUUUUGCACCUGAUGAGAGUCUCAUCAGCCCUCAUUAUGAAAACAAAUCCCAACUUCCCAGUUCAAAACACGGUGACUACUUAACGGAGUCAGUCAACUCAACAGAUCCUGCCUUUGUCCUAGAAAUGAGUCACUUACAAAUAAGUGCUGAUCUGUACAAAGAUGAUUUUCUUGCGAUGUCAAGUUCAUUCAGUAAAAAUCAGGAUAUCGGAGCGAAUGAAAACUGUAAUUUGAAUUUAAAACCGCAAAUAUUAGUCAACACGAACAAUCUCAAAGCCAAGAUUUUUGAUGAAAAAGAGACGAUGCUUGCUUCUGCCGACAAAAGAACAAAACCCAUAAAUGCAGAACGCGAGAAAAGAUGCAGUGGUUUAUCGUUUGGAAGCGCAUCGGACCCAGACUUUGAGACCUUCUGUGAACCCAAAGAGGAGCAUAUUGAAGAAAACAAGCCUGUGGCGCUACCGUACAAAAAUAUCAAUUCUCAGUCUGAAGAAUGCAACAGCUACAUAGAGGAUGGGCAGACUGUGUGUUUCUCACAAGCACUUGUGGAUUACACAAAACACACUCAGUUGCUCUGCAAGCUGGGUAGUGAGGUGGACGACUUGGAAAGGAGCUCCGCCUUCACUUCAAACAUGGAGGCCUUACCAACGAUUGUCACAUUUGAUGUUGUAGACCUUCGCAACGAGGGGGAGUACGACGAGCAGAUCCACAUGGAGUUGGAGGAGGAUGUUUCAUCGCCUUAUCAGGAGUUUGAAGAAAGCUACCUGCAAAAAGACGCAUUUGCUGAAUGCGACUAUCAAAUGUUGGACCUGUAUGAACAGAAUCUGAUCAGCAAAACAUGGGCUGUUGCUAGUCUCCCGCGGCAUUUGGGUCUAACAAGGGUCAGCCAGCCCACAUCGAAUCCACUGUCCCUGGACAGGAGGAGCAGAUCUUUGGAUACGGAUAGCCUUGAGUUGCCUGAAACGUACAGAGAAAACAGACCUGCUGUGUCCUCAGAGCAGGACUCUGAGAGGAACUGUUCACCAUAUUAUAGAAAGAAAAUAGUCCUGUCUGCCUCAGAGGUCAGAGACUGUAACGAUGUUAUGAGCCUUUCAUGGCAGAAGAAAUCAGAAGUAACUGUGACAGAUGAAAUUGCUGAAAAUGUCCAGAGUCUCGGUCAAGUCAACAAGCAACCACAGUAUUUUUGCUCUGUGUCGGACGGCCUAAGUUGCGAUUUAGUUUCACAGAAUCCAGAACUCUACAGUAGGCAGUGUCAUCUUCCUUUGCGAUCAGAUUGCUGUCUUCCUCAUAGCACCUUUGGGAUGAAGGAUGAGGAAUCUGAUGAUGUUUUCUGCCAGAGUCCUGCUAAUUUACACUCUCACAGUCAGGGCAGUAAAGGCAGAGCCCUAGCAGGAAGGGAGGUUCCAUCUCACACUAGAAGUCCCCUCAACUCUCCCUCAGUUAAGGAAAAAACUGUUAUCUUUAGUGAAGCAAAGGGUGAUGGGGUGACCCCUGUGACCUGCAAUAAUCACCCUGAGGCCACCUGUAAUUGAGUGUGAAUCGCAUAUAAAUGUGCCAUAGAGUGUUUUAAUAGGGCGCUGGUCAUUUCACCCCUUCGCCAAAUCAUAUCUUUGUGGUUUUGGAUGUCUGGAACUUAUUUAAAUACAAAAUGUUGCUGUUUGCUCUGGAAUGUUUUGGACAAACCAUCAUAUCAGUCAGGAGAGACCUUUUAUCAACUAUCAAUAGUAAUGUAAAGUCAUUUUCUGUGGUUCAUAUGACUCCACAAAAAAUAUGUACCAGCAGGGUUAAUUUGGUUUAAUUGGAGAAUUCUAAUAAGUCAAGUAGUAAUUCCUUAUUAAGUCUGUUUCGUUUUCUUUUAUUCUCUUUACUUUUUCCUAUUUUUCAUGAGUUCCAUAUUUUACAACCAUUAUUGUUGUAAAACGUACCAACAGUCUAAAACAGUGGUUUCCAGACCUGGGUUCUAACCUGGGAGAGUCGGUCUCAGGGGUUCGGCGAAGCCUCUGCCGCGGAGGUAAAGACACACUUGUGUAAAGUCAUGAUGACACGCCAUCACUUGCUGCAGAGGAUCACGUUACAUUGCUUGGUCAGUCAGUGCUGCGGGGAAUUUAGUGCCCGCAGUAGUCAACGGCUGUCGUAGAUGUACGUCGUGUGGUUUCUUUCUUAAUAUUUUAAUCCAUGCUAAAUAUGUUGAGCAAAAACAGAAAGUGGUCAGACGAAUAUGUGCAACAUGGAGUCACGUGUAUCACGGAACGGAAUGGGAGUCAGCAUCCUAGCCACAUGUUAUGCAAUGCCAAGUUGAGCAAUGCUUUAUUCUGGCCCCAAAAAUGUAUUUUGUGGAUUCAAAACGACAAAAAACAAAUUUAAAAUAAAAAAAAAAAAAAUUAAGUUA